AUGGAAGACAUCUUGAAAAUUCAAAAAUCUAUUGAGUUCGAUGAGUCUGUUUCUCACUAUGAGAUGCAUACUCAUCAACCCUUCGCCUUAUCAUCGUACGGGAACAAUGAUGAAAUAUCCAUUACUGUGCAACAUCAAGAUUUAUGUCUAUUACCUAGCAAGGGUUACUUGUAUAUUUAUGGUCGAUUGACCACUGACAACGGGACAACACCAACACAGAGAACUAGACUCGUGAGUAAUGCCAUCUGUCAUUUGUUUGAGGAAAUUCGUUAUGAGCUCAAUGGAAUGGAGAUUGAUCGAGCGAAAAAUGUGGGUUUAACGAGCAUUAUGAAAAACUAUGUUUCCCAAUAUCCCAACCAAUGGUUCCUAAUGGAAAAUGCUGGCUGGAUUAAGGAUGACAGCAUGGAUAGCAGUGAGAAAAUCACUGAUAACGCUGGGUAUUUUGAUAUCUCAAUACCACUAAGCCUCUUGCUCGGCUUCGCUGAGGAUUAUCAGAAGAUUGUUGUGAAUGCAAAGCAUGAGCUCAUCAUCACGAGAUCGAAAACUGACAUCAACGCAAUACUUCAGAGACCUGUCAGCCCACAGAAUCCUGAGGAGAAAUGGAAGAUUAACCUUCAGAAGAUUGAGUGGCUAAUUCGUUAUGUGAAGGUUUCUGAUGAGCGUAAGGUGAAGCUGCUGAAUUUCAUUGCAAAAGACACACCUAUUGUGAUGGGCUUCCGUACAUGGGAAUUGUAUGAGUACCCUCUUCUCCCCACAACUCAGAAGCAUGUUUGGGUUGUGAAGACAUCAUCUCAAUUGGAGAAACCACGAUACGUCAUUCUGGGAUUUCAAACCAACCGUAAAAAUAGCCAGACAGCUAACGCCAACAACUUUGAUCAUUGCGGAAUCCGAGAUGUGAAGCUUUUCCUCAACUCGCAAAGCUACCCAUAUGGGAAUUUGAAUUUGGAUAUUGAUCGUAAUCAAUAUUCAACCCUAUACAAUAUGUACGUGAACUUUCAGGAGUCUUAUUAUAGCAAGGAAUCUGAACCAUUAUUGAUCAGAGAAAAAUUUAUCACAAAAGCUCCAUUAAUCGUAAUCGACUGUUCAAAGCAGAAUGAGUAUUUGAAAACGGGUCCUGUCGAUAUUCGUCUGGAAUUUGAAUCUUCUAUGCCUUUCGCACCCAACACAUCAGUGUACCGCCUCAUCCUUCAUGAUCAGAUUAUUGAAUAUAACCCCAUCAGUGGUGGAGUAAAGAAACUGAUGUAA